UGAGCAGCUCGUAAGAUCAAGUUGGAAAAGUUGGAAACUCGUACGAGCUGGGAUUAUCAUUAUGGCUAUUAUACUUUGUUUGAUUUAUAUGUGCGGGUGUAACUGACGGAGGUAUACAUACAUAUGUACCAGCGAGUCUACCACGUACGUAGAUGUAAAUAGAUAUGUAUAAUACGAAUACCUCAAUCAGUCCACAUUCAUUAUUAUCGUUUCCUGAAGGCAUAAAAAGCCCCCGUUGCAAGGAAAAGUACUAGAGGAGCUUCGCCGAGCCAUUAUCCGGACAACUUUCGGGCUCACGCUGUGCUAAGGAACUCCGCAGAAUCUCGUUCCUUGUUGUACUCUCACUUCUACGUUCUCUUCGUACGACGCGACGUUACAAAUGCAGCGCAAAGUCACGCCGUAGAAUUCGCCCCCGGUGUUAGCGGUCUGACUUUUACACUUUACGCUCUCCACCGCUUUCGAAUCUUAAUUGCAUCUGCUGCACUCGCGUGCUACCUCCACCGCCGCUGCCGCUGCCGCUGCUGCAACAAACCUUUGGGACCUCCGACGAAGUCGGGGGAAAAAUUAGGCGAAUUCAAUCGAAAUGACUUCGGCUCAGUCAACGUGCGGAGAUCGCACUCCUGAUCCGGAACUGAUUCGAGAGGCGAAAAAAACUUACGAAAAAUACAUAAAAUGGCAAAGAUUUUUACUACGCUACGCCGGUCUUUGGCCGAAGCAAUCUCACUGGUCGAAAUUAACUUGCUGGCUUUAUGACAUUUACGCCUUCACCCUUGUUCUGUAUUUUUUUUAUCUCAAUACAACGCUGUAUUACACAGUUCGCGAGGUUUGGGGUGAUUUAUUCGACGUAAUAGAGGCGUGCAGUGGAGUGUUAUCAUCGGUCUUGAUGGUGCAAAAGGCGUGCAAAGUGCUGUCGAAUCGUGAGAAAAUUCGUGAAAUAAAUGACAUUAUGCGCGAAUUAUGGAUAGAUGGUUGGUGCAAGCACGAAAAGGUCAUCCGUUGUCUCAUGUUGAAAUCCUCUUUCACGGUGAAAAUUGUGUCGGCAAUUUACAUGAUUCCGUUCAUUCUUACCGUGGUUGCCUAUCCGUUAGCUCCUUACACUUCUUUGAUCGCGCAAAGAAAAGCGAACGUUUCCGAGGAGGAAUUGAUGUACUUUCUACCUUACAUGAUACAGAUUCCAUGGUUGGACAUGAGCAAUUCGAUAACUUACGGUAUCGCGUACGCCAUAGCUGCCACCGGUGGGUUUCUACCGAUAUUCUGGAUAGGCGGUAUCGAUACAAUUUUCGUAGCUUACUUAUCACAAACUUGCCUACAAUUGGAUUUGUUGGCUGUAGAAUUCAAGGAUACCGUCAAUGGCAAAGAGACGAUGAAUUUGCGAGACUCGAAUCACGUUGAAUAUUCGAAAAAACAGAAACUAAGAUUGUACCAAUGCAUCGAGAAACAUAAAACAAUCAUAAGAAUAGGAGAAUUGAUGGAAGAGGUGUUCUCUCAAAUGAUGUUAGGCAUGUGGGUCAUCAGUACGAUUUCGAUGUGUGCGAUAAUGUUUCAAGGUGUGAUGGCAACGAAACAUGGAAACAGAAUACAGUUCAUCAGCUUUUACCUCUCCGAAAUGGGCCAAGUCUUCAUGUUCUGUUGGAUCGGAGAAGCUUUGAUUGAAAAGAGUUGUUCGCUGAGUCAAGAAAUUUACUCCAGUAUGUGGUACAACGUUGGGAAGACUGUAUCGAAAGAUUUGAUAUUUAUUAUGAGAAGAGCGCAACGUCCAAUUUGUAUUACCGCAGGGGGAUUCGCAAACGUAUCAAUGGAAUUGUACACAACGGUUGGAGAAAUUGAUGCAAACAUUCAGAAUAAUUGUAAGGUACGGGUGAAAAUGAUCAUCCAAUUUUAAAGAUCGAUGUGAUUUUUGCAGAUAUGGAACACUACGAUAUCAUAUUUUGCGCUUCUGAGGGAAUUACACUCUGCCACCUAAACGAUGGAUAAAAGUACGCCGAUCGUUCAACCCUGUAACUGACUCGAUUAUCUCACGCUUAGCACGAAUAAUAUAACCA